CCACACGCGUGCUCGCCUUGAACCAUGGAGACGCUUCUGACGCUUCUGCGAGCGACGCCAUCGUCGGCGAGCCUCCUAAGCAAUGCGUCGGCCGUGGCGCAGCUCGCCAACGCAGUGCAAGCUAUCCGCACGGCAGAUCGUGCGGCCGCGCCCAUUGCGCGCCUGUCGUCUGAGGCCGAUCUUGCCGUCUUUGCGGCGUGGUUCGCCGAUGCGGUCGGGGCCAGCGAUGCCAAGUAUUCGUUUCAGCAUAUGGGCCCCACGCUGGGCAAUGGCGUCGUGGCCACAGCUGCGAUUGAAGCUGGCGAGCGCGUGCUCUUCGUGCCCGAGCGCCUUCUCUUGACGUCGAGCACGGCGCACCUGCCGUGUUUUGCGCCGCUGCAACACGACCCGCUCUUGAGCCAGUUUCCGUCGGCCAUGCUGGCGCUCCGCCUCUUGUACGAGAUGCAAGAGGGCGACUCGUCGCCGCUCGCUGCGUACCUGCGCAUCCUGCCUACGCGGUUCCAUCUCCCGUUCGACUACAGCAGCGACGACUUUGCCGCUCUUUUGCCGACAAUGGCUUACGCGCCAGCCGUCCAGCUCCUCUACAACGGCCUCAAGCAGUACACGUACUUGCACGCGCGUCUCUCGAGUCUCUCGGUGGUCCCGAUCACGUCCUUUACGCUCGAGAACUUUCUCUGGGCGACCUCGGUCGUGCUCACUCGGCAAAACAACGUGCCGACGCCGACCGACCCCCGCGCCCUCGCGCUCAUUCCGGGCUGGGACCUCUGCAACCACGCGCCCGGAUCCAUCACGACCUACUACGAGUCGGCGCAGCACGGCGUGGUCUGCGAUGCAAUGGCCUCGUUUUCGACCGGCGAGCAGCUCACGAUCUUCUACGGCCCACGCCCCAACGCCGAGCUGCUCGUUUACUCUGGCUUUUGCCUUGCUGUCAAUGCGUACGACACGCUGCGUCUGCGCCUUUCUGCUCAUAACGAUGCGCUCUGGAAGGUGCGGGCAAUGGUGCUCGCCAAGCUCGGCGCAACGCUCGAGAGCGACGCCGCGCUCGUCCGCGUGGCGUCGGACGGCACGUUUGCGUAUGUCACGGACCAGCGCACCGUGCACGUCCUUCUGCUCGACAAGGCCGGCCUCGGCGCGGCGCUCCGGUCGCUUCCGGCGUUUUUGCCGUGGACCGACGAGGUGGCGGCGCGUGCCAAGACGUUGAUGAAGCAAGCUGCCGCGGCACAGGUCGCUACGCUGCAGCGACACGCAGGCGCCCACGCGGUCGUUGCUGCGUACGUUGCAUCGGAAGCCGCGCUUCUCGAGCGCCUUUGCGCCUCGGCGUAGACACUUCGACCACUGCUUUUCAAAGACUUACGACUUGAUUUUGUUUUUACUUGGCGCGCGGGUCGUGGCGCGGAAUGCGCACGCGCAAAAAGUCACUGGCGUCGACGACCGCCAUGCGCCCGG